GCCAAUGGGGGCAACCAGAGGCCAUAAAAUGGUUGCCAAUUGACUCAAUCUGGUUGCUAAGGGCAACCUUUACUGUCGAGCCCUGACAGAACCUAGUACUUUUGUCGGAGGAGUGAGGCAGAGGGAUUGCAGGGUUCGCUAUUUAGGUAAUUAUUGUCUCAUUUGUGGUAUGAUAAACAUUCAAUUAAUCAAAUUUAGUGCCCCAAAUUGCUAUUUUCCAAGCUACUGUAGCUGUCAUGUUUGGUUGCAGCCACAGACCAUUGAUGUAUAACAGAACCUGGAUACAGCGUUUGAAGUGGAGCCCUGUUCAUUCCUGUUAGAGUUACUCACUGGUGCAUGAAGCCAAAAAUUACCCAGAUGAUUGUGCGGCCCAUAGAGCAGGCGGACUAGUGACCUCCUCCGCCAGCUGAUCCGAUACUUCCAGUUUAGCGCUCUAACUUGAACUUGAUUAAAUGAUUUAAUUGUGGGGCUCUUCUAGAUUUUCCAAAUGUUAUAAGAUAUAAAAGAUCAAAUUCUGAUAGUGAAUCCAGCCAUUUUGCAGGGGUUGUGACGCUCAAACUUUUUGCACCCUCAAAUGAGGUAACCGCAAACCUUUUGUGCAAAUCUUUUUUAUGCACUCGCACAUUGGAAAUGAUUUGUGCAAAUAUUUCAUUUUUUCACAAAGUAUUCACAGCUAAAGAUCUCCGUAUGGAUUCAAAAACUAAAUCUAGUUCAGAUAUUUUUCACACAAACAACUUUAUUUGAUCAAAACGUUUACACAUUAACACAUUCAGAUAUGGUGAUGCUUGCUACAAUACUUAAGACCCCAUUUUCUUUCCAUAGAGGUGAUGUUAGUUGGUUUUAUAUCAUGUCAGGAUUUGUAUUACAGGGCAAUUGAGACAUACUUUUGUCACACUAAGUUGUUAUACCGUUAAAAUUGUGGCGUGAUUUGUGAAUCCUUCCUGGUGACGCGUUUACACGCUGAAGUGAAGGUAUGACAACAGAACUUUGCCAUUCAUAUGCCACAUAAGGAAUACAGAUGAACGUCCUGACAGUUGUGUUGAAUGGUCUAUGAAAAUAAUUUUGCUGACUUCAGAUGGAAAUUGUUUUGCUACAUGACAGCACACUGUCCUGAUGGGGAACGCUGAUGAGAAGACAAUUACACUUUCUAUGGAACAACUGUUAUACUUUAUCUGUUUGCACCAAAGUAUACAGAGGAGGAAAUGUUGCAGAGCGGGACAGGGAAUGGGCAAGAAGAGGAGACACUGACCGUAUUGCAUUAACCAGAAUGCCAGCCUCUUGAACACACAGACUGCAGCAGUGGUGUAGAUUGCCAAACAACGCAAACCAUAAUGGUGUUUUUUUUCCAGCCAUGAAUAGGAUAUUUUGGAAACGCUGUUAUAGCAAGGUGGCGCUACAGUGGAUGAGUCUUUUGAGUGUUAAUACAUCCUGAUUUCAGCCCUCUCCUGCAAAUAUGCUUUAAAGUUGAUGAUUGAGUUGUGCGUGCUUUGUAGCUAGUAUUGUUUGGGUCAGAAGCGUGGUGUUCUUCAUGGAGCAGAGACUGUCCAAUCAGAACUACUCGUAGAAGGAAUGUGUGUCGUCGCCAUGGAAAUUAGUCUAAGGAUAAAACAUUGGUUUAAAAGCAAAAUCAUAAUUACUGUGAGUUACAAUGGCGGAUGUGUUUUGGCGAGUGGAGCACCUAAACAUUAAAUUUUGAACAUUUUAAUUUGGCAAAAUAAUCUGAAAUCAGGACUCAUGUUUUGGGAAAUGACUACCAUUAACAGAUAAUAUAAGCAGCAUAAGGUACUUAGUUUAAACGUUGGUGCUUUUUGGCUUGUGGUUCUGUUGAAUGACAGAUUUGGAGAUGCUUUAGUUGGAUCGUAGCUGGUGCUGAUGUAGCGAAUGCAAAUGCCUUGUAGAUAUUAUGCCAUGACAACGAUGACAUUGUCGUUGCUGCAUAGUAGCUGUGGCCCAGUUGAACUGCCUUCUUCCAAGUCUGCAUUUCAAGACCUAUUUUAUGAUGGAUCAACAGCGCUGUCCCAUUCAGAAGGCCCCUCCAAAUACACUGGGAAAAUAGUUUACCCUGUUGUGAUCACUUUGUUGGCUGAAUAAGUGAAAAUAGUUGCUGGUAAACUUGGAAUGUUUUGGACCUACAAUUGUGAUACACAACACCUGGAUGCAGCAUUAAUGUUGGAAGGGUCAUAAACGUGAAACGAUGGUUAUGGUGGGUCACUGUGGACUGUCACAGUCUGGGAGGUGACACAUUUUCAGUCCAUUAGCCUUCAGCCUGGCAAAGGCAACGCAUCAAUCAAUCAGCUAUGUUUUAUUAAACAAGUGGCCUUCAUCACAUUUUAUUUGCAAGAUGAAUAUUUGUAAUCCAGUUAGGCCAGUAGGGCUUUUCAGAUCAACUUACAUUUGACUGCUUUAGUUGAAUCAUACAUGAUGAAUUGGAAUAGUUAACCUAUGGAGUGAUUGAUUAAAAUGGUGGAUAUAGAGGGAAAAGGUUCAUGAUUGUGCCAGAUAGAGUUGAUAUUGUGAGUUAGGACGUUCAACUCUGGAGCGUGAGCUACAGUAUAUGUUAAAUUGUUCUGUUCACACAAAUUUUACUUUCUUGUCCGAGCGGCUGCUGUUGACAUUGAUCAUAAUGGUGUCCCUUGUCUCUGAUGUCCUUCGUCUCACAUUGCUAUUCCAGUUCAGUUGUGUUGUAUUGGACUGCCAGGAAAUUGACGCUGGGCUAGUAAAGCUCUGUUGGCAAUAAUGCUAUUCUAUACCCUUUUGUCUGCAGGUGCUGUUGUUUGUACUUCAGCAUGGCGGUCGUCAUCCGUUUACAGGGACUAAGAGUCACAGCAGGUUCUGAGGAUAUUCGCAAGUUCUUCGCUGGCCUCAAAAUUCCAGAUGGAGGGGUGCAUAUAAUUGGUGGGGAGCUUGAGGAAGCUUUCAUUAUCUUUGCUUCCGAUGAAGAUGCAAGAAGAGCCAUGACACAGUCAGGAGGUUGCAUUAAGGGUUCACCUGUUCAUUUGCUACUUAGUAGUAAAACAGAGAUGCAGAACAUGCUUGAAAGAAGUACAACAAAUGUAGAGCUAGAUGAAAAGAGACGACUUGAGGAGAAUGCAAGACGUGCUAGAAGAUCUGUGGAUCCUGAGGCGGUCAGGAGAUCAGCUAGCAGAUCAGAUUAUUCCCCUCCCCCCCAUCACCAGAGGGCUUCAAACACGAAUGAUGACUUUGUGCAUGUGUUUCUAAAUGGAAUGCCUUUCUCUGUGACUGAAGAGGAAGUCCGUGACUUUUUCUAUGGUUUACUUAUUGAUGAUAUUGUUUUAUUGAAAAAUGCACAGGGUGCCAAAAAUGGGAAAGGUAUCGUCAAAUUUGCAACAAGAGAGGAUGCACACGAAGCCCUGAAGAGGGAUAGGAAAUACAUUGGGUCAAGGUACGUGGAGGUUUCCACAACAACAGCAGACUUUUGGCGUCGGGCUACUGGUAAAGAGUCAAUGGCUGUCAACAACUUUGAAAGGGAUAGAUCACCUGUUCGCCAUCAGAGGAAUCCACAUCAUGUCAGGUCACAAUCACCUUUGAGGCCUGUUUCUUCAGACGAUGAGUACUGCGUUUUGAUGGAAAAUCUGUCCUUUGCAGUGGAAAAAGAAGACAUAAAAAAGCUUUUUCGUAAUGCAAAGCUUGAGGAUGACCAGAUCCUACACUUGAUUGGCAGUGAUGGGAGAAGAACUAGAUCUGCAUUUGUGCUGUUUAAGAGUCUGCGUGACUAUUGUGAUGCCUUGACUCCUGAAAAAAGGCAGUUUUUCAACCGAUGGAUUUCUACGCGGCCAAUCUCAAGAGAGAAAAUGAUCACCCUUCUGGAAUCUCAGAGCAUGGAUGUCGGACCUUCUGAAAACUCUGAAAUGAUUCAGGAGAGGCCUCCAUCUUACCCCAGUGAUCCUUAUGACUCGGAAAAAAUGUGUGUGUUUGUGCGGAACCUGCCAUUUGAUGUACGGAAAGUUGAGAUCAUGGACUUCUUCCUUGGGUUUAAUAUCACAGAUGACAAGGUGUUUGUGCUGCGUGACCAUAACGGUGCUGGAGUUGGAAAGGCGUUGGUUCUCUUCCGGUCUGAGGCAGAGGCUAUGAGUGCACUCUCUCUCAAUGGACAAAGGUUUCUUGGGUCAGAGGUCACAUUGAAAUGCAUUUCACGUUCUCAGAUGCGGCAGUUGGGUGUUGAGCCACCAGUGGUGCAAGAGCCAGUUGUGCAAGAGCCAAUGCCGAGAGAGGAGCGGUACUCAGGCAGGAGAAGCGAGGCAUCCUAUCGCCUUGGUGACACUGAGUACCCUGACUUUAGGAUUUCUCAUGAUGGUAAUAUACCAAUGACCAAUGCACAGGCUCACAUCCAUGGAGGCGGCGGUUAUGAGCCCCAUGCAGUAGGCCCUCAUGCUCCACAAGACAGAGGUAAUGGCUUUCGUGGUAGCUUUGGUCCCUCAGUGCAACAUUUUGAUGGUCCCACUUGUGUAAAGCUGCUUAACUUACCAUUCCAAAUCAGAAGUGAAGAAAUCUAUGACUUUUGCUAUGGAUUUCGCAUUAUCCCUGGAUCUGUCUCACUGCAGUAUGACCAGAGAGGAAAAUGUAAAGGCUCUGCAACUGCAGUAUUUGAGUCCCGUCAGGAGGCGUUAACAGCAGUUGAGGAACUGAGUGGAAGACCAAUAGGUCCAAGAAAAAUACAGUUAUUACUUGAGUAAAAGUGACAUUGCUUUUCAUGGCACCUAACAUGCCCUAGCAGUGUAGGUUGGACAUGUACAAUGUUGAUUGAAACAAAGUUGAUUUUAAGGGAUAAAAUUGCCUUUUCUUUCUUUUCUUUUUUGAUUACACAAUACAAUUGUGCAUUUUUUUUUUUUUAAAUUGCGUUUUCUUUUAUUGCUAUUAGGCAUUAUAGUCUGUUGACUAUAUAUGGGGUUUGUAUGCAUUUUUCAUCUUAAAGUGAAAUACUAGAUUUUUGGUUGAUAUUUCUUAAAUUUAAUUUACAAUAUAGUGUGGAAUAAUGUUGUGAAAUGUUAUUUUUUUAUAUAAAAAUGCAUACCUUUUUGAAUUGUAAGUUUUUCUUUUCUUUUCAUUUGUCACUUGCAGUGUAAACACAUUUUGCUUGCCAGAAAAACCUUACUUAUAUAAAGUGCAGGUUAAUCACUAAUUCAAAGGAAUCAGUUAGUGAUAACUUUUAAGAUUAGUUUAAAUGGGAUACCCUUAAGUGAUUAUCUGUAUUUAUGAUAGAGUUAAGUGGGAUGUACAGUAUUUGCCUCCAAGAGCAAGACUUGUAAAACAAGAUAAUAGGACAAGUGACCACUGUGAGAAUCUGUAAUGUGUAUUUCAAAUUAAAAAGAACUUGUAAACUUUCUAAAUUUUAAA